UAGAGCGAAAGAGGCGAGUGGUUGUGCGCAUGCGCAGCGCAGCGCGCACCGACGGACAUGUUGAGUUGGGUAGCCGCGGAGGCGUCGUGUAGUGUUUCGGUGCGCGUCUCCGCCCGCGGUGUUUGCACCGCCAGCCCCGGGGUUUGAGCGACAGAAGCGGCGGAGGAAGGAAAGCAACAGAAAAGCCAUGAGCUCGGAUCUGUCGCGCCGGAACCCGCAGGAGGAUUUCGAGCUGAUCCAGAGGAUCGGUAGCGGAACCUACGGCGAUGUGUACAAGGCGCGAAAUGUCAACACGGGAGAGCUGGCAGCCAUCAAAGUCAUUAAACUGGAACCAGGUGAGGACUUUGCGGUGGUUCAGCAGGAGAUUAUCAUGAUGAAAGAUUGUAAACACUCGAACAUUGUGGCGUACUUCGGCAGUUAUCUCAGGAGAGAUAAAUUAUGGAUCUGUAUGGAAUACUGUGGCGGAGGCUCACUACAGGAUAUUUACCACGUGACUGGACCUCUACUGGAGUCGCAGAUUGCAUACGUAUCACGGGAGACCCUUCAGGGCCUGUACUACCUCCAUAACAAGGGCAAGAUGCACAGAGACAUUAAGGGAGCAAAUAUCUUACUAACUGACAACGGCUAUGUGAAGCUGGCGGAUUUCGGCGUCUCGGCUCAGAUCUCAGCCACUCUGGCCAAGAGGAAGUCCUUCAUUGGAACGCCAUAUUGGAUGGCUCCAGAGGUGGCUGCAGUAGAGCGUAAAGGAGGUUAUAAUCAGCUGUGUGAUAUCUGGGCCGUGGGCAUCACUGCUAUAGAGCUGGCCGAGCUGCAGCCUCCCAUGUUCGACCUGCACCCAAUGAGAGCUCUUUUCCUCAUGACCAAGAGCAACUUCCAGCCUCCUAAACUGAAAGAUAAACUCAAAUGGACGAGUAACUUUCAUCACUUUGUGAAAAUGGCGCUGACUAAAAACCCUAAGAAGAGACCCACGGCGGAUAAACUGCUGCAGCACCCGUUCGUAUCGCAGCCGCUGAGUCGCACCCUCGCCAUCGAGCUGCUGGACAAAGUCAGCAACCCCGACCACACCGACAUGGAGGACAGCCACGACGCCGAGGACGAGGAAGCCGACCCUGAGUCUCCGGUGCACGUUCCUCAGCGGAUCACAUCAGCAAGCCGAAGUUCACGAGAUAAAAAGACUCUGUCAGAGAUCAACUUUGAUCAGGUGAAGUUUGAUCCUCCGCUGUGGAAAGAGACGGAGCUGCAUGAACCGGAACUGCAGUUGGAGCCGCAGAGUUUACUGGGUGAUCAUAAGAGUCUGUUAAAAUCAGUAGCAGAGGAACUCAAUCAGAGGGGUCAUGUGACACAUUUAGAGGAGGAUGAGGAGGAUGGUGAUGAUGAAGCUGGACAUUCAAACUCCAGUUCCACAAUGAGGCCUAAAGUCCCUCCCCCACUACCCCCUAAGCCGAAGUCUCUCGGCCCUCCUCAGAACGACCCUGACGGAGACGAUGGUGCCGGACAGGGGACCAUCAAACGUUGCCCUGUCUCCUCAAGCCCCGCCCCUCCUCCUCGCCCCACCUCCUGUGUGCCCCCCAGGCCGCCGCCCCCUCGCCUGCCCGCCCAGAGACGCAGCAGCUUAGGUAAAGGGCCUCCCGAGCGCGCUCAGACAGAGCCCGAAGGGGAUGAUGGGAGUUUUAGGUUCUGGGAGUGGCUUCACGCCGAGGAGCAGAAGGAAGACAGUAACGGAUUGAGCGCAUCAUCGCAGAACGGAGAGAGGGAAAGACAGUCGACUCUUCCCACCAUUCCCAGUCGCAGGAGUAGAGACAUUCCUAAGCCGAUGUGUAACGGUCUGCCUCCUACUCCUAAAGUGCACAUGGGAGCGUGUUUCUCAAAAGUGUUUAACGGCUGUCCGCUGAAGAUCCACUGCGCAUCGUCCUGGGUCAAUCCAGACACCAGAGAUCAGUAUUUGCUUUUCGGAGCUGAGGAAGGAAUCUACAGCCUUAAUCUGAACGAGCUUCACGAGACCUCCAUGGAGCAGAUAUUUCCCCGGAGGUGCACGUGGCUAUACGUGAUGAACAACUGGCUCUUCUCCAUUUCCGGUAAAGCGUCCCAGCUGUACUCCCAUAACCUGCGUGGUCUCUUCGAGCACGCUCGGCAGAUGCAGAAGUUACCGGUGGCCAUACCGACAUACAAACUGCCCGAUAAAAUCAUCCCGCGGAAGUUCACAGUGUCCAAUAAGAUUCCAGACACAAAGGGCUGCCAGAAGUGUUGUGUAGUUCGUAAUCUAUACACAGGGCUGAAGUAUCUGUGUGGUGCGUUCCAGUCCAGUGUAGUUUUGUUUGAAUGGGUGGAGUCCAUGCAGCGCUUCAUGCUCAUCAAGAGUAUAGACUUCACCCUGCCCUGUCCAUUGGAGGUGUUUGAGAUGCUGGUGGUCCCCGAGCAUCACUACCCAUUGAUCUGUGUGUCCGUUGUUAAGGGCAGUCAGCCUGAUCAGGUCGUGACCUUUGGCACCGUUGACCCCAACGAUAUAGCUCCGAUCUUCACCGAGCCUGACACGCCACAAACGUGCGUCAUUCACGUCACACAGCUGGAAAGGGACACCAUACUGGUGUGUUUGGACCGUUGUAUAAAGAUGGUGAACUUACAAGGCAGAUUAAAAUCCAGCAAGAAGCUCUCAGCUGAGCUCACCUUCAACUUCCAGAUCGAAGCAAUAGUGUGUUUGCAGGACAGCGUGCUGGCGUUCUGGAGACAUGGCAUGCAGGGACGCAGCUUCAAAACCAAUGAGAUCACGCAGGAGAUCUCGGACAGCUCGCGCAUCUUCAGACUGCUGGGCUCAGACAGGACGGUGGUGUUGGAGAGUCGACCGACAGAUAACCCAACAGCUCAGAGUAACCUGUACAUACUUGCAGGCCAUGAGAACAGCUACUGAACACACACACACACACACACACACACACACACACACAAACAGCAUUCCUCUGCUACGCUACAUAACAUAACACACUGCACCCCCGCCAUAGCUAUAAGCUACAUGUGCGCGCACACACAUUCCUAUAAACACUACGCCAGCAGCUGCCCUUACACUACUGUCUGUUAUGACACAGCCAUACACACACGCGCACACACACACACACACACACACACACACCACCGCUCGUAUACUACCCUGACGAGCUGACUCGCCUGUUUUAAAUUAUUUAUUGUGGCAUGUUACAAUGAGGCGUCUUGUUUUUUUUUCUUUUUAAACUCCGGAUUUUUAGUUUUCAUCAGCCCUGCCUGCAGCCUUCCCUCGUACUCAGUCCGGCUCCUGAAGAGCCGAUACACCUUUAUCCCGGUGGUAACAUCUUACGUCUUACGGCUAGCUACAUAACGACUUCAUAACACACAAAUUAGCAACAGAUAAUAUUUAAAGAAUAAGUCGGUUCAUGUAAAAAGCUCAAGUCAGUAUUCGCAACAUAACGUCAGAUGUUUAAUAAUAUAAAUGGCCUUGUAUUGACGUGAAAACAAUAUUUCCGCUUUAAUUUGCUCAGAAAUUGUUUAGGAAUGGUGCUUUAUAAUAGUUUAUCAACACGGUGGAUCUACAGUUCAGUUCCAGUAAUCAGGAACACGAAUACCUAGAGCACUUAUGAUACCCGGAUUCUAACCAGAUCUCCACAAUAAUGAAUAAAACAAUCUUCACCAUUUAGACACACUGGUUUUAUUGCACUUUUAUUGUUUUAGCAUUUUAAACGAAAAAAAAAAACAGACAUUUCUUUCUCACCGUAUAUUAUAAGUCUGUAUCGUUUCAACUGUAAAAAAAAAAAAAAAAAAAUCCGUUUAACAUUAAUUUAGGCUGCUUUCACACUAGUCAUAUUUUUAAAUUAUUUUAUAUAUUUUUUUUAUCAACUGCUAGCGAACAUUUCACGUGUAGGUGUAAUGGGAAUGAGUCCACUAUAAAAAGAGCUGUCACUUGUAUUUUAAAUCACAGCAGAGUUGACACAGUUGACACAAAAAGUGCUGGUGAAAACGAGUCUUGUUAGUGAGUGAAUAUGAGAAGAUUUUACAACAUGCUGAAUCAAAAAAUAUUCCACCGAUGCAGUGUAAUUAAAAAUAACUGCGUGUGUACGUUUGGGACGUUCGCCGGUACACGAGGGCAGCAUUUCAAUCUGAACACUACAAUAAAUAGAUCAUUAAACUGUAUAAAUGAUUUAAUGCACUACAGUCCAUAAACGGUAUCAAAGCUUAGCUAAUUUUAGCUAAAAUCACCAAUAUCAUGGGGGAUUAUGUUGAAAUAAGGAAGCCAGAAAUGUGUUUAAAAUGUUAAGAUUGCAUGACUGUGAUUGACCUGCGAGCAAGAAUUUAUUUGAAAGAUCCACAAUUUAUCGGGAGAACAAGAGUGAAGGCGGCUAAUAAAGUUCUGUUUUCACUUAACGUAGCACUGAAGUCAGGAGAUAGUGGUCGAAUAUUGGCUGUUUUAACAGGAAAUUAACAAGAAGAGUUACCUCUUGUGGUAAUUAUAGCUGUCUAGCAAAGUUAGCUUCAUUGGUGAGCGUCAUUUAAGAGCAAUAGUACGAUUGUUAUUCACUCACUAAUUACAAAAAUUAAUCUACAGCAACUUAGCAACUGAAAGAGAGGACGCUGUUAGCAAAUUUGUUCUUAAAUGCUCACUUUACGUUUUAAAAAAAUUAUUCAGUGCUGAUAAGUGUGUUAUAAAGUGGCUGUUUUCUUUUACGGCAAGAUGGAUAGCUUCAUAAAGGGUCUCGUUACCUUGUGAAUACUGACACGAGCUUUUAACAAUGUGCAUUAUUCUGUAAAUAUAAUAUUAUACAUGUGUUAUGAAGUCGUUCCACAGCUAGCGUACACAAACUAAAAUAAAUACAAUGAAACUGUUACCAAAAAUUACUUUUCAAACUGAAAUGAGUAGAGUGUAACUUCUGUGUAGGUAUUUGUCACCGUAACUUAUUCUAGUAGUAAUACUAAUAAUAAAAAUGAAUAAUAAUAUGCUUGUGAAUUUAUGCAUUGCAAUAUCAGAACAUGUACUUGCAUAGAAGUUACAGUAACGCUAACGGACUCGUGUACAUACUUUGGUUAUUCGGAUCAAAGACUUAAAGGAAACGUUUCAUCCAAUUGUGCUAACGUUGAUCGACAUUUGCGUCUUUAUCCUGUACAAUUUUCACUAAUUUGAAUUUGCAAAUUUGAUCAAAUCACAGAAUUCUGCUGUCCAUCAAAUGAACACUUUUAAAAACACAAGAAAUUGUUGCUUAAUUUGGAAACAGUAUUCAAGACACAAUUUUUUUUUAUAUAUAUAUCUCUAAACAUGUAUUCAUUUUUAACCUAACAUUGUGAUGAUAUCGUAAACCGUGAUAAAAAGUUAGCGAAUAAUCACAAUAUAAAGAUUUCGUCUCAGCACUUCUUUAUCCAAGACAAAAUCAGGUGAGUCUCAAAUUUAAAUUAACAUUAAAGUUCAAGUAUUAAUGUUUAACUGGAUCAACACUACAGUCUUUAGGUGGUUAUUAGCUGCGUUAACGGUUUUGGCUGAAUUAUUCCUUUAAACUUUGUACAUUAUGUACUUUUAAUUAGAAAAGUCUAGCUGUGAAGCGAGAGCAUGGGCUCAAAACGUUAAAGGAAGGUUUCAUUCAAAUGUCCUGUCAUUAUUUAUAAUCAACAAUUUUUUAAUUCUAUCCUAUAUUUAUCUAUUUGUAGCUAAUAAUUAAACACAAAAUUUUAAAUACUUUGUGCAAAAAUGCACAGAAUGUUGUAUUUAGGUUGUAUUUAGUCAUGUUGGCCUUUUUUUUUUUUUUUUUGCAAAAUUAUUCCUUUCCAUUUUAUGCAUUUUUAAUUAAAUCGGUUAAGAACAUUACUGUUAGCCUUCUCAGUUUAGAAAGUGUAUAUAUUUGAACGAUAUGGAAAACUAAUCUUAAUCAAAUCGGAUGCACAUUCCAACUCCAAAUUUGUUCCAAAUGCAAGUAAGCAGUACAUGGAGUUUUGUUACUAGACGUCUAGAGUUAGAGUUAGAUGUUCUCCUAUAGGACCAAGAGCAGUUUCACUCAGUUUCUUAAUAUAGGAUACAUUAUGCAAAAACAUAAUCAAAUCAACUCACCAUGAAUAUAAAUUUAAAGAAAGCUCCAGUCUGAUUUUUUUUUAUUUUAUUUUUAAAAAAGUCUUAUUGCUGUAUAUGUAUCUAGACGGGUUUGUGUAACUCGGUCAGCUCACAGUAUGGAUCCCAGCCACGUUAUUUAUAUCCGUAUUAUUCUCAUGCAGGACAGAAGAUUCACAGCUGCCAAACGAUUGGCCCAUGGGUUUUAAACAAAAGGAAUUUGACAUAUAUGAUUUAAUAUAUAACGUUUGUGUGCCAAUAAUCAUAGAUUUUAACUUACAGUGAUGUGAACACUUCAUUAUUGCUAUAAUUAUUGUUUUAUUUGGGAGCAGCAUUUCUGGGUAGUAAUUUGUACUUUUGAGAUAAAGCACAGAGUAACAACAUCCUGAGAUUGGACAAAUUUGCCAUAGCACGUGUCCUCAAUGACGAGAAUCCCAAAAUACAGUGUACCAGUAGAGAUUUCAGUGAAUAUUGGAACAACGUGGUGGACGGUUAAAUGAACGUGGAUUUUCACGUUCGAAUGCGUCAGUUAUGUGAAUUUGGAUAGUUAAAUGCUUUUUAAGAUCCUGUGUUUUUAUUUUAAUUUGCCUAACACACGUUUUAGCCAAAACACCCUUGUCUCAUGACGUAGGAAAAAGGGAGUGCCAGUCUUUCAAGCGAUCAACGCCAAAACUCCACUUCUGAUUUUUUUUUUUUAAACAAACUCGCUGUUGUUACAACUAGAGAUGGCACAAUAAAAUUUUUUUUCCUUUCUGAGACUGACACGAUACUGAAACUUUGAGUAUCGGCUGAUACCGAUACCCAUCCGAUAUAGUUUUCUUUAAACACUACUACGCGUUAAAAUGUUUUUUAUUUUUUUUUUAUUUUUUACUGAAGCACUUCACAGUUAAACUCUUUCACACAAAAAUACACUUACACUAUAAAUAUAAUAAAGUAUAAAGUCGAAAUGUAAUGAAAUCAACCCUAAUAAAAGAAAAACCAGUCAAAUCUCUUUAUAUGUAAACAUUUCCAGUUCCAAAAAUACGUUUCUUUUCCAAAUCCAAUUCCAGUCUUUGCCAUUUUUGACAGGAUCCGGUAUUUUUAUUUUUUUUUUUCCCCGUUAUCCAUGUUUUUGUUGGAUCAGUGCCAUCUUUAGUUACAACUAAUAUUACAGCUAGUAAAUUAACUAAUAAAUGUGACGAUGUAAUUCCCAAACACCUGUGUGUGUGGAAACUGGUUGGAUUUCGAAGUAUAAUCGGUCAGUUUUCGCCUCACGUGUUUUAUCCAAUAUGAUUGUGAAUGUUUGCUAAUCGGAUAGUGGUAUAAAAUUCAUGCUAAUUUUAUACAUAAUUAAUAUUCGAACGCAUUCAAGUACUAAAUAUUUUAAAUAACUGAAAUUCAAAUUUUUUAAGUGGACAGAACUUAUACUCCAACCGAGAUAAAUUGUCAGACACAUGAUAUCGACACUUCCCAAUUAUUUUACACACACAUUUCAUUUUGACACCUUGUGUAGAUUCAUCUGAUGAGCUCUUCGUUGCUUUGGCUUUAGUCCAACAUGUGUUACUAAUAAAGCUGACCAUGUUUACUGCAUGCUGCGGCAAUGCACAUGACCUGUAAAUAGUGUACCAUAAUAUUUGGUUUUACAGACUGUAUAAUUGUCUAUAUUUUGCUUUUUUUUUUUUUUUUGCAAAAGCUAUAAGUGUGAUUGAGAUCAUGGUAAUUUGUCCAUCUGUGUGUUUUGUUAUUUUAAAUAAUGAAAUGUAAUUGAAGCAUCAUUGCCAUUUAAAGAUCAAAUUCGUAUUUGUUAAAAACACUUGGGCCAAUUUUGAAAAUAAUUAAGCCUCACUUGUUCUGAAAAGCAAAUCUAAAAGAUUACGACUCUAACUGCAGUUUAAUUCACUACAAAAACCAAAAGCCACUCAAAAAAUGUGUUUUUUUUUUUUUUUUUAUCUUAUGAAGCGGGACGGCCUUUGUGUAUUUCAUUGCUUCAGACUGAAAGCCAUGCCUCAUGUUUUAACCUUACUAAUCACUGUAUUGAAAAUUUGCACAGUUUUAUACGGCCUAUAAUGUGACUUUCGCUGUUUGCAAGUGCUUCGAUGUUCUGAGACAUGCGUAUAACAAAAAAGUAAGAAAAAAAAACGCAGCACACACUUACAUGCAUCGCUUUACACUACAAACACGCACGUUUAAACACGAGCUGUGAUGUCAUUAGUUAAUAGAUCUAACAAAUGAUAGCGUUUAGCAAGGAAUAAUAAGAUUUUUCAGUUUUAAUUCCUGAGGUGUAAAUGUAAAA